AUGGCCCUGACGAGACUAGAAUGGCACCUUGAGAGCCAGGGCCAUCUCCCAGACACACUCAUCGGCUUCCGCAGGCACGUAUGCGCCCAAGACGUGGCCCUGCAAAUUACCACUGAUGUAUACGAUCACCCUAGCUCGGCACAACUCCGGACAAUUGUAGGCGUGGAUAUCAAACGUGCCUUCGAUAAUGUCCUGCACCAAGCCAUCAUUGACAACCUAGCAGCCACCAAACCCGGAGAACGCAUGGUUCGCUACGUCUGCGCCUUUCCCAGUGCUAGGCAAGUGCGCUUCUUGGGUCGGGACACCCAGCCAUCCAUGUGCUUCCCUAUAAACCGAGGAACGCCACAAGGUUCCAUUCUGUCACCAACUCUCUCCAAGUUGGCGAUGAAGGACCUCCCCGGAAAGCUCAACCUCGUUACAGGACGACACCUGGCGGCAGUUGCUGGGUCCGAGAUAGUGUGA